AUGGAAUUUUCUCGUGUCAUCGUUCAUGAGUUUGGUCAUGCGCUGGGCUGUAUCCAUGAACAUCAGUCUCCCGCAGGCGGCAUUCCUUGGGAUAAGGAAAAGGCCUAUGCGUACUACUCCAGCGGCAAUAAUUCGGAUCGUGAAACUGUCGACCGCAACAUCUUCGAUUAUUACAGCUUCACGAUCAGCAGAUUCAGCGAUGUUGACAAGUCUUCUAUCAUGAUGUAUGAGAUUCAAAAGUCCAUCACGACAAACGGAUACUUUACUGUUUCAAACACCAAACUAUCGGACACGGACAAGACAUUCAUUGCUACUGUAUACCCGCCAAGUGGUGCAGCCACCUCUGCCCUCAAGACAGGACCAGACGUUUCCAAGUUCAACACAAUGGAGGUCCGACCAUGGGACAAGCCACAGGAGAAGAGUUCCAAGACUGUCAAUUUCUCAAAGGAUUUUGAUAAACCUCCUUCCAUGGCUGGCGGUUUCAACUGGCUCGAUGUUGGAAACAACGCCAACAUUCGAGUCAGUGCAUACGCUGAUGAUAUCAAGCAAGGUCGACUCUUGGGCCGACACAACCAUCUACUCGGCAGCUUGUGUUGCGCUUCAGGUCGCUGA